AUGACCGAAUUCGAGACCGACGACUCCAAAGCCCCGUCCUACACCUCCAUCGACCCAGUCGAGUUGGAAAAUGCCGAGAAACAAGAACAAAAACACCAGGUCCCACUUCUCGAUCUCGAAUUGCAGAAGCCGCAGGCAAAAGAUAUCAUACGCACACUAGCAGCAGCAUUGAAUGAUAUCGCUGAUGAGAAGAAGUGUACCAAGUGCACGGUGGAGAAUAUUUCGACUCUACUCACAGGCCACGUCCGGGAUCUCAGAGCCGCGAAGCGGAGUGGGAUGUGGUCCAAGGAAGACAAGAAGGCCCUUAAGACGGAGAUUAAAGGUCUUCUCAAGCCAGUCAAAAAGGAUGUGAAGAGCUUAUGGAAGGCGAAUUAA